UUUAUCAUCACAUUAUGUAUUAUCUCAAAUCUACUUUCGUUUUUUUCUAAUUUUUAAUUUUUUUUGACAGAAGAUCGGCGAUGGGAGACCAAGACUACGAACCAAAAGGUGUAGAGAAGAUGAGAGUUCCUCUGUUAAAGGAUCAAAACGAGGCUGAGGAGGAAGGCGGGGAAAUAACGAGAAGAGUAUGGAUGGAGACGAAGAAGCUAUGGCGUAUCGUUGGACCAGCCAUAUUCACAAGAGUCUCGACCUACUCGAUCCUCGUCAUCACUCAGGCGUUCGCCGGCCACCUCGGCGAGCUCGAGCUCGCUACCAUCUCCAUUGUCAACAACGUCAUCAUCGGCUUCAACUAUGGCCUCCUUCUUGGAAUGGCGAGUGCGCUGGAAACGCUGUGCGGUCAAGCGUUUGGAGCCAAGAAGUAUGACAUGUUGGGAGUAUAUUUGCAACGAUCUUGGAUUGUUCUAUUCUCAUGCUCCAUCUUGCUCCUCCCUAUGUACAUCUUUGCCUCCCCUAUACUUAAAUUCUUCGGCCAGCCUGACGACAUCGCAGAGCUUUCCGGUAUUAUCGCCGUUUGGGCCAUUCCUAUCCAUUUUGCAUUUGCUUUCUUUAACCCUCUCAAUCGAUUUCUCCAAUGCCAGCUCAAGAAUAUGGUGAUUGCAAUUUCUUCUGGAGUGGCACUUGUAGUUCACAUAAUUGUGUGCUUUCUCUUUGUGUACGGUCUUAAACUUGGAGUCAUAGGGACCAUGGCCACUGUUAACGUGUCAUGGUGGCUCAAUGUCUUCAUCUUAUAUACUUAUGCCACUUGCGGCGGUUGUCCGCUCACUUGGACCGGUUUCUCCAUCGAAGCUUUCACCGGACUAUGGGAAUUUGCUAAGCUCUCUGCUUCUUCUGGAAUCAUGCUUUGGUACUGUAUUUAGUUGUGUGCUUUCUCUUUGUGUACGGUCUUAAACUUGGAGUCAUAGGGACCAUGGCCACUGUUAACGUGUCAUGGUGGCUCAAUGUCUUCAUCUUAUAUACUUAUGCCACUUGCGGCGGUUGUCCGCUCACUUGGACCGGUUUCUCCAUCGAAGCUUUCACCGGACUAUGGGAAUUUGCUAAGCUCUCUGCUUCUUCUGGAAUCAUGCUUUGCUUGGAGAGUUGGUAUUAUAAGAUUUUAAUUGUGAUGACUGGGAAUCUGAAGGAUACAAAAAUCGCUGUCGACUCUUUGUCUAUAUGCAUGUCGAUAAAUGGUCUGGAAAUGAUGAUUCCAAUUGCGUUCCUUGCCGGGACCAGUGUACGAGUGGCGAAUGAAUUAGGAGCAGGCAAUGGAAAAAAAGCAAGAUUUGCGAUGAUUAUAUCAGUGACAGAAUCGUUAAUCAUUGGAAUAAUCUUCUCGGUGCUUAUAGUAUUUCUUCAUGAUCAAAUCGGGUGGAUUUUUUCUUCAAGUGAAAUCGUCAUAAAAGCAGUCAAUAAUCUAUCUAUCCUUCUAGCUUUUACGGUUCUUCUCAACAGUGUCCAACCGGUUCUUUCCGGAGUCGCGAUUGGUUCGGGUUGGCAAUCAUUCGUGGCAUAUAUAAAUUUGGGAUGCUACUAUUUUAUUGGACUUCCACUUGGUUUGGUUAUGGGAUGGAUUUUCAAGUCUGGUGUCAAGGGUAUUUGGGCUGGUAUGAUAUUCGGAGGAACCGCGACUCAAACAUUGAUAUUGAUCUUUAUUGUUAUGAGAUGUGACUGGGAGAAAGAGGCACAACAAGCAAGUGUUCGAGUUAAUAAAUGGUCUGUCUCAAACGCAAUAAAUUGAGGACAUGGAGAAGACAAAAUUAAUUACUAGAGAAGAACAAAACUAAAAAAAUGAUAAUGAAAAGAAAAUAAAAUCUUUUUUUUUUUUAAAGAAGUUAAUGAAUAUGGCGAAGACUAGUUUCAUAAAGAAAAGAGAAAUACCACUAGAUAACAUAAGACCGGUAGUAAAUUAAGUAAUCAAUAUAUGCUAUUUUUAGGCUCAAUCAUUAAAUUAUUUUGCCACCUUUAUUUAUAAUUUUACCCUUACGCGCUCGCCGAUUUAAUUUCAGAAAAAUCUAAACAUUGUUUCUAAUAUCACUUGAUUUUCAGUCAUCCAAAAUUAUUGAUAGAUGUCUAAGUGAUGUCCAUUCAAUGUUAAUAAUUAAAGAGUUUGAUACAAAUAUAUUGUCUUCUUCUAUUAUUAAUUCGUCUUCCCAAUUCAUUCUCGCGUCACCAUUUUCAUUUUCCUCCAACACUGCUUUCAUCUUCCUCCACCCCUCGCUUCAUCUUCUUUCUGCCAACAAUUCUUUGAUUCUCUUUCCCAACAAUUUCUCGAUUAUACAUGUAUUCUCUCUAUUGACCUUCCUUUCCAAAUCUAUUGAUUUUUCUCUCAAGAUUUCAACAGUUUAGCAGAUCUGGCGAGAUUUCGAAAGUACUAUGGUUAAAGGUAAAUAAUCUUGCCUAACUCAAUCUAUUAUCAAACGUUGAUUUGAUGCUUAGAUUUUUUGGAGAUCUCGGAUCCAUCUUCGGUACUCUCAACAUUUCAAACAAAAUCAGAUCUCCAAACCAGAUCUUCACAUGCAUAUAUGCACAGCCGCUCUGAUUUCAAGUCAUCCAUUACUCUAGUUAGACUCCAAUGGUUAACUAGAUAAGCUUUGGGAUCUCGCUUCUGCCGGACAGGUGGCCGUGACUACAAUAAUCGAAGGCGAAUUCGAUGGAACUCCCCAAAGUGCCUUCGCAUGGGCCGAUGAAGUAGAUGACCCCAAUGUGGAUCACAUGGAGAUGCUAUCUUCACUUUGCAGUCUUGUUUGUUCCUAUUUAUGGCAUGAACAACUAUCUUCACCUUGCAGUCUUGUUUGUUCUUGAACACACGACCCAAAUACAGCUCAUCUCCUUUAUAUACCACAUCCAAUAUGACAUUCUAUGUUUGAUCCAAUCCUGAGUAAACCAGUCCAUCAAAUACAUUAGAUGUCUUUAACGUUUUUUACUCUUCAAUAUAGUGUUCUUUUAGCAGCCAUUCAGA